GCGCAGGAAGGCAGCGGGGAGGAAAAGGGCUGGAGAUCCCCCCGCAGGAGGGGCUCCAAAGCCAUCCCAGGGUGCUCUGAGGAGGAAAGACCCAGUGUGUGCCAGGAAGGCGGCCGGAGCUUGAUGAGGAGCUCUGACCUGGUGGUUCCUGAGCAGCCUCCCAGCAGGGAGAAGCCCUUCCGGUGUUUGGAAUGUGGGAAGAGCUUCAGGAAGAGCGCCCACCUGAUCCGACACCAGCACAUCCACACUGGAGAAAGGCCCUAUACAUGUGGGGAAUGUGGGAAGAGCUUCAAUAACAGCUCCAACCUCCUCACCCACCAGCACAUCCACACUGGGGAACAGCCCUACACGUGUGAGGAAUGUGGGAAGAGUUUCAACCAAAGCUCCAACCUGAUCCGACACCAGGCCAUCCACACUGGGGCACGGCCCUACACAUGUGGAGAAUGUGGGAAGAGCUUCAGUGACAGCUCCACCCUCCGCUCCCACCAGCGCAUCCACACUGGGGAACGGCCCUACAAGUGCUUGCAAUGUGGGAAGAGGUUUCAGCGCAGCUCAACUCUCCUCAGGCAUGAGCAGACACACACGGAUGAGAGGCCCUUCCGCUGCACCGACUGCGGGAAGGGCUUCAGCCGGAACUUCACCCUUAUCACCCACCGGCGCAUCCACACUGGGGAGAGGCCCUACAAGUGUGGGGAGUGUGGGAAAAGUUUCACCCAGAGCUCUGCCUUGAUCUCACACCAACAGACCCACCGAUAAGAGAAGCCCUACCAGUACCCCAACUGUGGGAAGAGCUUCGGCUGCUGCUUCCACCCGAAAUGAACCCCCUGAUGGCGAGGCAACCCCUGGAGUCCAGUGACUGUCAGUCCAUCCCUUUCGACCACAAAGGGCCAGUCCCCUUUCCCAGGGGCAGCUUCUGCCAACAGAACCCUUUCUGGGGGUUGUGGGGAUAUUCCUGCCUUGGCUAUGGACCCUCCAAAGUUAGUCCUGGAGGUUGAAAGCAGAGAUCUCCCCAUGAGCGUUGGUGUGGGGGAGUUCCAUCCAUCUCUAAUUAAGAAUUCUUGCUUUUGUACCAGCUUUAGUAGAAUUGUUUCAACAAUUGCUUUAGUGUAGAGCACUGUCCUAUCUUAUUCUGUACUCCUGGUAAUUUUAGUGUUUAUGUUGUGCAGUAAAUAAUUCUGAUGAAGAUCUUUUCUCUGAUCAUUUGGAACCCUAAAUAAAUUCCUUUCUCUCAAUAGAU